AUGCGCGGGAGGGGCGUCACCACUACGGCGAGGACUGGGCGCGUGCUCCGGCUGACAGUUGUCAGCGCGCGCCGUUUCUUCUCUCGGCCGUUACCUUCUCGCGUCCACGACAACCGUCGGCGCUCUCGGCGGGGGAGGAGCGACCCAGCCCACUCAGCUCAGCCCGAAGCCCAGCAUCAGUGGGCUACCCCGCCUCCGUUUCCGCCCACCUGCCCCUUUGGGGCCUGGCUGCCCGUCCUUUGCUUCGGGGCAAUGAGGAGAACGGGCCGGCCUAGGCGAGGCGGAGGCAAGGAGUCGCCGCCUCUCAAUCCCGCCAGUGGCGGGGGCAACAGCCGCGGCAGGCGAGCUCCUCCUUCUCCUCCGCGCUUGCCACCUCAGGAAGAGAAGCAGCAGGGCCGGAGCGGAGACAGGGAGCCCGAGCGUAGCGCCAGCCAAGACGCCGUGAGCGAGCCGUCCGCCGCUGUCUUCUUGCUCCGUGGGCUGCAACAGUCGCUGGGGAGGAAUCUUCCCGGUGGGGCCUCUCCCCACGCAAUGAAGAGGGGAGGACCGGGCAGGAAAGGGGCCAAAAGCGACUAUCAGAGGCAAGAGAAGCGGGACCACUUGGCUCACGAAUUCGGCGAGUGGCAAGACUGGCUGCGCGAUGUUCUGAGAGAAACAGGAGUCUUUAUUACAAGAACAGAUAGCAAAAUAUGGCUUACACUUAUAAUGGCUGCUGUUGCAGGAAUCCUUCACUG